AUGUCGUCGACGUCUUCUUUCUCUACUCCGAGCUACGAUUGUAUAAACGUGGGCGGUUGGAAUAACGCAAAUUUGCUUAAGUGGUGGCAUUAUCCUGACUCUACAAGCAAGGAAGAGCAGAAUCUACUUCUACCAAAAGAAAACAAAGCUCACAAAUACGAUGCUCAGUUUGCACGAAAGCGUAGAGUUUCUUUGUUCUCAUCCCACUACGUGCGCAGUAUCUUAGAGAUUGUAGCGGUGAUAACUGUUGUGGCUUGCUGCCUUAAGCUGUUGUCGUUCAGAGCAACAGAUCAUGUUCUCAAGCAGACACCGUCAUUUUUAUUGCACCGUUCUGGUGGGAAGAUAAUCACUGGAGGGCGUUAUUUACAGUCAGUUUUUCGCCCAAUAAAGAGACGUUCUCCAGUUCGGGACGAACUGACAAUUGAUGCCGAUGUCUCACUUGGUGUAAAUGCGGAAUUAGAACGAGCUAUGGACAUUUACUGUCGUGGUCCGCUCCUGCAUGCUGUUCAGAUGACUGACGUCUUUUCGGAUAGCAAGCACUUUGUUGAUAUGCCUAUUAAGGAAAACAGUAGCGCUUUCGACAUUCUUGUGGACUUUCAGCGUCGUAAAUUAUCCAUGACAGAAUUUCAACCGUCAAACAAUGAAACGCACACGGAGAUGCUGCAGCGCUUUCUUGACGACCACUUUGACCCACCAGAUGCCGAACUUCGAGAAUGGGCUUUUGGGUUGCACCAAAUCUGGCAAAGUCUAGGACGCAUUCAUAAUCCACAUGUAAAGAGCUCACUUCUUCUAUCCCAGAGAGUAGACGAAUUAAGCUUUAACCAGUCUGCAAACGUUUUGAUUGUGCCUGGUGGUCGCUUUCGCGAAAGUUAUUAUUGGGAUUCGUACUGGAUCGUGCAAGGUCUCUUGGUGUGUGACAUGCCUAUCACGGCUCGAGGGGUUGUCAACCAUUUGCUAGAGUACGUGUCCGAUUAUGGAAUCGUUCCUAAUGGAGGAAGAAUUUAUUACUUGACACGGUCUCAGCCUCCAAUGCUUUCAGAUAUGGUAAAAUUAGUUGCUCGCAUUCCAAGUAAUGAAAGUGAAUACGAUUAUGACGACGAGUACCUGCGCGCUGCAUUACCCAUUUUGGAACGUGAAUACGAAUUUUGGAUGCAGCAUGGACCCUCUGGGCAUGCAGUAGAGAUGACUCGGCGUAAUGAAAAUGCGGAACAUCCGGUCGAAACGACGUACGUGCUAAAUCGCUACACAUCAAGUGCAAACCAUCCCCGACCUGAAUCGUACCGUGAGGAUGUACGAACCGCUGCAGAGAUUUUUGAUCAAACCAUGCAGAUGAAUGAUGGGAAUGCCGCUGCCACGGAGCGACGUAAAGAUAUGUUUUAUAACAAUGUAAUUGCUGCUGCUGAGAGCGGAUGGGACUUUAGUAGUCGGUGGAUGCGAGAUCCUCUGGAGAUGAAAACGAUGAUGACCACUUCUGUGAUACCUGUUGACUUAAACUCCAUCAUGUAUCGGGUAGAACGCAAUUUGAUGAAAUUUAACCUUCGCUUGGGAAACGAGGAACGAGCCCAGUUUUUCGAGCAAGCUGCUGCUCGUCGACUUGAAGCCAUUGACGCUAUCCUUUGGAGUGAAAAACACAAAAGUUGGAAAGACUACAACUUAGAAACGGAUACUCAUUCGUCGAUCGUUUCGGUGUCUGACUACUUUCCGCUCUGGGCAAAGGCAUUCAAUGCGUCUGACAUUGAUCGUCUAAAGCAUGUUGUAGCGUCUUUUAAAAGGUCUGGGCUACUUCAAGUCGGUGGUGUACAGACAACAACCACGAUUUCCGGUCAACAAUGGGACUCACCCAACGCUUGGCCACCAUUGCAGGACAUUAUUGUAGAAGGCUUGCUUGCUGUCAAUACUGGAGAAGCGUAUAGCUUAGCCCGCGAAAUCGCAAAAAAGUGGACACACACCGGCCUCACAGCUUGGAAACAGACGGGUCUAAUGUUCGAAAAGUACAAUGCCUCUGAAAUUGGCGGCUUGGGUGCUGGCGGCGAGUACUUUCCACAGUUUGGCUUUGGUUGGACAAACGGUGUGAUCUUAAAAUUUCUAACGAUCCAUCAGAGUCUUUUAACAGCUGAGUAA